UUUUUUUUUUUUUUGUCUCUUUUAGAUGAGUUAAUUUCCAAGGAAAUCCUGAGUGUUAAAACAGCCUAUAAAACUGACGCUAGCUCUUGUUGCCAUGGAGAUAUUACGUGCCAGGUGCUUUCAGUGCCUAGCAAUUCAUAGUUUUAUGAGACCUCUGCAUAGAGAUUACAGAGCAGCAACUCCUCAGAAUUUCUCCAGCUAUGAGUCCAUGAAAAAGGACUUCAAACUGGAGAUUCCAGAAUAUUUCAACUUUGCUGAAGAUGUCCUGGACCAAUGGACUAAUGUGGAAAAGGUUGGAAAGAGACCCUCCAAUCCAGCCUUCUGGUGGAUAAAUGGAAACGGAGAAGAGGGAGAUCCAGUAAUUGUGAUUCUGCCCAAGAUCCCAGAGUGGUGGCUUGCAAAUGUGGCCUGUUUGCGAACAG